UUUGCUCGACAAUCCCCUCUGUGCCUGGCCCAUUGACACCUAUUACUUUCUUGCCUCCAUCAUCUACGCUAAAAGAACCAACGCUAUUUUCAUGCGCACGGAACGCCAAAUUUCCAACCUCAGCUUUUCCAUCAAAAACAACCUCCCUUUUGGAGAGCGGAAUUGCGAAGGUUAUCGCAAAGAUAGAUAGAAUAAAUAAAGUGACAAAAGAGAUUUUUGAAGUAUACAUGGCGAUUUAUCGAUAUUAA